AUGAACGUAGACUUCACUGAUAAAGUGGUGCUAGUAACUGGCGCGAGUGCCGGUAUAGGAGAGUCCACUGCUCUCCUGUUCGCUAAACUUGGUGCGAAGCUGUCGCUGGUGGGAAGAAAUGAAGCUAACUUGCGAGCAGUCGCGGCCGAGUGUGAGAAGCAGAGGGGCGUGAAGCCGCUGGCGAUCGUCGCGGACCUGGGGACUGAUGAGGGGAUCCAGAAAACGGCCAAGGAGACUCUCGACCAUUUUAAACGGCUGGAUGUACUUGUGAACAAUGCAGGUAUUAGCGCCAGGACCUGCAUCCAGCUCGCAGACAUGGCGACCUUCGAUGAGGUGUUCAGUGUGGAUGUCAGAGGAGUGUACCACCUCACAAAGCUGCUGGUACCGGCGCUGAUAGAGACUGGUGGAAACAUCGUAAAUGUGUCCAGCAUUUCUGGGUCUAUGGUCGUCGUGGGCAGUUUGCCUUAUGGAAUGGCUAAGGCGGCUCUGGAUCACUUCACGCGACUGGUAGCCCUGGAGCUGGCUCCCAAAGGUGUUCGGGUAAAUGCCGUGAGCCCCGGAGUCACUGUUUCAACAAUAGUAAAGCGUAUGACAGGCUGCACAGAAGACCAAUACCAGGGCUGGUUGUCAUCCGUCGCUACAACUAUACCACUGGGUGAAGUUUGUCAGGGGAGUGACAUCGCGCAAACGAUCGUUCACCUAGCCAGUGACAACAGUCGCCUGGUGACAGGGACGGUUGUCCCGGUGGACGGCGGACUGAGGUUCACCAGUCCUAGCAACUUGCUUAUCAAGCAAAUGAAAUGA